AUGAACGAUUGUUAUAAUGAAGAUAAUAAUUAUGUAAAAGAAGAGUUUAAUAAUGUAUAUGAGAAUUGUGAAAAUAAUUUUAAGAUAAAGGAAGGUGCUGUAGAAAAUUCUUCAUCACCUUUAGAUAACAAUGGACACAAAAUUAAAGAAGAACGUCAUGGUGAAAAUGAUGAUAGAAGAACAAAAGAAAGAAGUAGGACUGAACGUGACAGAAAACGAAGGGAUUCUGAGGAACGUGAUAAAAAAAAAGAUAGAUCUCGACGUGAUGAUAGAGAUCGUAAAAGACAUCGUUCUAAAGAAAGAAGUCCAUCAAGAAGUAGAAGUCGUUUAAGAGAAAAAAGUCGUUCAAAAUCACCAAAAAAAUCAAGAAGACGUAGUCGUUCUAAGGAUAAAGAUCGUUCUCGUCAUGAUCGCCGUGAAAAAGAUCGUAGUGGUAAAGAAUCAAGACCAAGAAGAAUUAAUAGAUUUUGGGAUGUUCCACCUAAAGGUUAUGAGCAUAUGACUCCGAGAGAGUAUAAAGAAUUACAAGCUAAUGGGCAGAUACCUCGUAAUAAUAUGCAAUCUGCUGUUCCUGUUAUUGGACCAUCAGUAACAUGUCAAUCUAGACGUCUUUAUGUUGGUAAUAUACCAUUUGGUUGUAAUGAACAAACAAUGCUAGAUUUUUUUAAUCAACAAAUGACAUUAUGUAGAUUAUCACAAGCACCAGGAAAUCCUGUUCUAGCAUGUCAGAUAAAUUUAGAUAAAAAUUUUGCUUUUAUUGAAUUUAGAUCUAUUGAUGAGACUACUGCAGGUAUGGCAUUUGAUGGUAUUAAUUUUAUGGGUCAACAAUUAAAAAUUAGAAGACCUAGGGAUUAUCAACCUAUAGGAAAUGAUAUGAUGACAAAUUACGGAAUUUCAAACGUUGUACAAGAUUCACCACAUAAACUAUUUAUUGGUGGAUUACCAACUAUUCUUGAAGGAGAACAGGUUAAAGAACUUUUGCAAUCAUUUGGACCAUUGAAAUCUUUCAAUCUUGUAAAAGAUGGUAAAACAGGGAUUUCAAAGGGUUAUGCAUUUUGUGAGUAUGCUGAUCCUGUUCUUACAGAUCAAGCCAUAGCUGGUCUUAAUGGUAUGGAAUUAGAAGAUAAAAAGAUUAUUGUUCAAUUAGCCUGUACAGGUGCUAAGAAUCCAACAUCUGAUAGUGCUGGAAGUACACCAUUACCAGGAAUUGAUCUUAGUCAAGGUGCAGGUCCAGUAACUGAAAUUUUAUGUCUUCUUAAUAUGGUAGUUGAAGAGGAACUUAAAGAUGAUGAAGAGUAUGAGGAUAUAAGGGAAGAUAUAAGAGAAGAAUGUUCUAAGUAUGGUGAAAUUCGUUCAAUUGAAAUUCCACGACCUAUAGAGGGAUUAAAUGUGGCUGGGGUUGGUAAGGUUUUUAUAGAAUAUGCCAGUAAAGCAGAAUGCCAAAAGGCAGUUGCUGCUAUAACUGGAAGAAAGUUUGACAAUAGAAUUCCAUUUUUAGAAGUUUUCCAUAAAGUAAAAAAGAUUCCAUUAGAUUGCUUAUUGAAGCAUGAUAUUCUUUUGAAAUAA